AUGGUGAGACCUAAGGAUAAAUUUUGGGAACAUGUAGAGCAACGUGGUUUGGGCCGUUUCACAUGUAACUAUUGUGGACUUAAUUAUUCUGGGAGUGUUUCACGAGUGAAAGCUCAUUUAGCUUGUCAAUCUGGACAUGAUGUUCAAAUUUGCACCCAAGUUCUUGAGCACAUUCAAGCUGAUGCCCUAGCAGAAUUUAAUUUGAGUAGAUCUGGUAAGAAAAGAAUGAGUGAUUCUUUUGAAAGUAGAAUGGGUUCCACAAGUAGCACACCUUCUAUGCCUCAUGUUAGGGGUGCACAUCAACCCACAAUGCUAGAGAUGGCUGCUAAGCAAGACAAGAAAUCAUUGGACAUGUUGGUAACUGAUUUUUUUGUCAAUAAUAACAUUUCCUUCAAUGUUAUUCAGACAAAUUCUUUUAUUGAGAUGCUAAGGGGUGCAUGUGCGUAUGGUUGCACAAUUAUGUCUGAUUCUUGGACUGACAUAAAGAAGAGGUCGUGGGUUAAUGUGAUUGCUUACUCUCCUGGGGGUGCUGUGUUUUUGAAAUGUAUUGAGUGCGGUAUAAAUAGAUUAACUUCAAUAUUUCUUUUCAAUGAAAUUUCUGAUGUCAUUGAAAAAGUUGGACCAAACAAUGUUGUGCAAUUUCUUUCAGAUAAUGGUUCUAAUUUUUGUUCUUGUGGUGAUGUGUUGUCUGAAAAAUGGCGUCAUAUAUAUAGAACAAAUAGUGUUGCUCAUGAGAUUAAUCUGCUUUUGAAAGAUAUUCACAAAAAAGUUAAAUGGGUGAGGGAAGUUAUAGAAGAUGAAAAACUUGUAGUGGAUUAUAUUCACAGGCACACAUGUAUUGUAGCAUUGAUGAGAAAAUUCACCAACAAUAGAGAUAUCAAGCAGCCUUGCAAGACAAGGUUUGGUACUUAUUUUUUUAUGCUGCAAUCUCUUAUUGUUGUUGAGAAUGAGUUGAGGCUUUUUGUUGCAUCAUCUGAGUGGAGAGCUUUUCAAUUCAAUAGAGCUGAAAUGGCAGUGAGAACUACUGAAAUAAUUCAAUCAGAUACAUUUUGGGAGGGGGCAAAGAAAGUUGUUGCUUUCAUGGAGCCACUUAUUCGUAUUCUUCGCCUUGUUGAUUCAGAUGGUUCUACUGCAGGUUACUUAUAUGAAGCAACAGAAAGGGUAAAAGAAACAUUGAGAAAAUUUGUGGAGAAAGAUGGAGGGAAGUAUUUAGCCAUAAUGGAUUUGUUUCAAUUUAGGUUAAAGAAGAACAUUAUUCAUCAUGUUCAUCUCUUUGGUGCACUUUUGAAUCCUUUUAUUAUGUUUGGUGGUCGACUUGAUAUUGAUGGAACUAAAUUUAUGAAUGCACAAGAAUUUAUUAUGACCAUCAUGGUUCCUUUAGAAGAUCGUGAGCAAUUCAUGCAAAAAGUCAUUGAUUAUCGCAUGAAAAGUAUAUUGUUGUUCAAUAUGACAGGGCAGACAAUGAUGAAAACUAACCAUCCAAGGAUUUGGUGGCAAUUUGUUGGUAGUGCAUUUCCUGUGCUUCAAAAUAUUGCUUGUAAAAUCUUGAGUCAGCCUUGUAGUUCCUCUCCUUGUGAGCGUAAUUGGAGUGUUUGGGAUGCAGCAUAA